GUCUUCCUUGGAUCCUGCGCUCUGGGGGCUCUGUCUUGUGAAGUUUGAGUGUACGUUACAGCUACGUUAGGAAUACCAGAGGUUCUGAGGUUCUGACUUGUGGAACUUAGGAGAAGCAGAGUCCCAGGACGUGUCUGCAGUUGUCCCGAGACGUUUGACUGACUGUUUGUUGACUGUUGUGCAGAUGGCUUCAGAUGGACUGAGUUGAACCUGUCCCAUCAUGGAGGAAGUCGGUCACAGACACGUACACGCGCUCCUCCUGAUGUGUUUGUUCGUCCCCGUGUUAGGACAGGGUUCGGAGGAGCACACCUGUCCUCCAGAGGACUACAGCCCCAAGGCGGGGGUUUGUUGUAACAAAUGCCAUCCAGGUUUCAAGCUCGUGGAAACGUGUAAUGCUACUGGUCAGAGAAGUAAUUGCGUCCCCUGUCCGCAGAGACAAUUCAUGGACAAGAAGAACUUCUUCCGCUACUGCAGAACGUGUCGACGGUGUAAAGAAAUAAAAAAAGAAUAUGAGAUAUCUGCCUGUACAGCAGAAAGCAACACCGUGUGCCAGUGUAAGGACGGCUACUACAGGUACAACAUCGACGCCGAGACGUAUGAAUGUCGCAAAUGCUCCCAAUGUCCGUCUGAUGAAGAAGAAAAACACAUUUGCACACCUCUGAACAACACCGUCUGUGAAUGUAAGAAGAGUUUCUACAGAGUCAACAAGAAAUGCCAACCUUGCAAAACUUGUUCCUCUCAGUGCCCAGAGUGGUGUUCGUCAGCGACGACUCUGACUACAACGGCAGGUGACCCAGAUAAAGUCUUCCUCGUCAACCUGAUCGCUGGAAUUGGAGUUCUUUCCCUGGUUCUGUUGGUGGUGGUGGUUCUGAUCACGUACCUGGUCACGAAGCGCUUCACCCAGAACAAGCAGCUGACGACCCCCUCCCAACCUGUCGACACUUCCCCAGAAACAUCCAUGUUUUUGAUCAGCCAGGACGAGGCUCCGUACAGCCCAGACCUGAACGCCGUGCCUGAAGACCAUGUGGGGGGGCACCAACCGUCCAACCUGCCCGACUGUGUCCCUCUGGAGAUCAACAUCUCUGAACUCAUCUACACGGUUCUGGAUCUGGUUUCUGUGCCGCAAGUGAAACAGCUGGUGCGUUUGCUCGGAGUGAGGGAUACGGAAAUCGAACAAGCCGAGAUGGAUUACCGCCACUGCCGCGAGGCUAACUACCAGAUGCUGCGGAUAUGGGCCGAGAGAGGCGCUGGUCCGAGUGGAGCGGGACGAGGUGGGAUCCUCCUCCACGGGCCUCUGUUGGAGGAGCUGUUGGAAAAACUGAGGGUGAUGGCCCUGGGAGGAGUGGCCGAGCAGCUGGAGGACACAUUUGGAAUUCAGUAAUCCACUACUGCCUGCUAGGUGGAGCUCAUGAGACCAAGUAUUGUUUGCUAAG